AGAAAAAGUUGACAGAGAAACAUUGAGAUGUUGUUCACAUGAGUUUCACAUUGUGUGAUCCACAUUUGAUGUCAAAGGAAAAUAACCACCACAGAAAAAUCGAUGUAAACAAAAACCAAAAGAAAAAAAGAAUGUCAAUGUUAAAAUCAUUAAAAUUUUAUCAAAUAAUUCGUCAAACAAUACCGAUACUUAUAUUUACAUUUUGGUUAUUAGUUUGUUUACGUUCAUUUUUACCAAUCAUAUGGAUUGAUAAAAUUAUUGUUCAUUAUGAUGAUGAACAACAACAACAACAACAACAAAAUGGUCAAACUGAUGAUGAUCAACUGAGAUUACAACGAAUGAAGGAUUCAAUGUUAUCAUUAACAAUAAUAUUUAUAAUUUUUACAUCAAUAAUAUCAAUAAUCGGUAUAAUUGGUUUGAUUUUGGAUCGUAUAACGCUAACAAUAAUGUAUUCAUUAUACAUUUUAAUGACAUUAAUGUUUAUUAUCAUACAGAUUUGGAAUGAUCCAUUUGUUUGGUUUGAUAAUAAUGAUGGCAAUAAUUUCCUUGAUACAUUAAUAUUUCUUUCCAUAUUGAUCAUUACAAAUUUAUCUAUAUUCCUGUAUAUUUUUCUAUGGUAUUGGCAUCAUCAUUGUAAUCAUCAUCAUAGUCGACAACAACAAUAUUUAUUAUCAACAGCAAUUCUGGAUGAAAAAUCAUCAGCCAUUCAGGAUUGAUUCCCGGAAUUGUUUGGAUUGACAGAAAUCAAACGAAAAUUACAAAUUUUCCAAAAUAUCAUAAGUUUAUUUUUCCAAAUCAAAUAUUUAUAUUUUUUUUCUUUAAAAUUAUAAAAGAAAG